UUAUUUCUUCGGCAUUACGACAACAAGACACAUGUACAUUUGCAGCGGCGAGAUUACAGGCGUCCCUACGGUAGCCGAGAACACUAGAGGAAGUGAGAUAGGACCAACUAGAUGUGUUGAUUAAUCACGAACGUGCAUCGCGAAGGGGAAAAGUAAAAGACGGUGUAACAUGUCGACAGUAGAUGUCAGAGAAAAAGAAGGGUUUCCAGGGUAACAAACGAGUGGGAAGCGCGAAGGAAAGAAGAGCAUGCCUUCUACGAUGGAAAACGACAGUAAUGCGGGAGCGUGUAGCAAAGCUAUAUUCGAUACAGUAUGAAGAGAAUGCGCGAAUGCAGAGCGUGAGCAAGACCGUGUAAGUAAAGACUAUAGGUAUGCAGGGUGAUGGGUAUGUAACAGGCUGCGAGACUUCUUGAGCCGAGACGGAUACCAGAGAAUGUAGAUGCGAGCAAUCCUAUUGCAAAAAACUGAAGCAUAGUUGUUGUUGUUGGGGUUGAGUAUUGAGUAGCGCAGGUGUCAAGGGGUGUAGGGAGGGGUCAUGUGAUGAUGUGUCUGCAACAGCAGACUGAAGACAAGCGCGAUCAACGUGCGACGCCCCAUCGUGUAUAGACUAUGCAUUUCGUCGCCGUCCACGUCCAGACAUGCCAGGUAUCCUCAACGAAAAGUCGAUGUCGUCGUACGCUGGCGGCGGCAUCUCG